AUGGAAUUGGUCGUGUUGAUUGAUCGAGAGUACUCUGAGCCAAUGAAAGAGGCGCUGGGGAUUCUAAAAAUAGAACAGCCCGACCGUGAGGUUCUAGUGGUCGAUGUUGAGGACAGCGAGUAUGAAGGAGAGGGCUCUUUGAUUGGUUCAACCACCUACGAUGACUUUAUUAGCCAAUCAGAUGGGGUUAAAAUGCACGGCAAUAUGCCAGCCGACGAAUGGAAUGCUUAUGCGGUGAACUACACUUCAGGUGUGUUGAACUAG